AUGAAUGUUGAAAAGGUACUUCGAAGUCUCACUCCUCAAUAUGAUAUGAUAGUAACAAUUGAGAAAACCAAAGAUCUGGAAACAAUGAAGAUGGAGGAUCUACAAGGAUCUCUUGAAGCCAGAAAACUGAGACUUAAUCAAAGAGAGACAAAUAAAGAUUUUGAACAUGCCCUGAUUGCUCAUUCAAGAAAGGAAAGUUCUGAUGACAUGAAGAGAAAGUGGAAGCAGAGAAAAGGAAAACAUCAGAGAGAAGUCACACCAGAUAGAAAAGAGAAGAAGAAGUUUGAAGAAAGAUCUGAAUCCUCUAAAAGAGGAGGGGGAUAUAGCAAAUUUCAAAACAAGAAAAAUUUUCAAGACAAAAGAAGGAUUCAAUGCUUCAAUUGUGAGAAGUAUGGUUACUUUGCUUCAAAUUGCUGGUUUGAAAAGGGAAAGAAGAAGACUGUUGCAGAGAAAGCUAACAUGGUGCAAGAUGAUUUAGAUUCAUAUCAUGUCAUGUUAAUGAUAAUCACCUCUGAAGGGGUUCCAGCUUAUGAUGUGUGGUACUUAGAUUCUGGUUGUCCUAACCAUAUGACUGGACACAAGGGGUGGUUGACUGACUUUAACUCAAACAAGAAGACAAAUGUGAAGCUGGCAGAUAGUAGAAGCUUUAUGGCAGAAGGCAUGAGCAAGAUUAUCAUACAAAGAAAGGAAGAUAAAACAACAUUGAUAAAAGAUGUGUUAGUUGUCCCUGGUAUGCAAUGUAGUCUGCUGAGCAUUGAUCAGAUGGUAGAGAAAGGAUUCUCAAUAAUCAUGGAAGGAUGCUCACUAAAGCUAUAUGACAAGAAGAAAAGAAUGGUUCUGAAAUCAACUCUAACCAAAAACAAAAUCUGGAAGGCUAGCUUGAAGGCAUCAGAAUCACAUUGUCUUUAUUCAUCAAUUCUUGAUGAAGAAAGCUGGUUUUGCCACAAAAGGUAUGUGCAUAUGAAUUUCAGAAGUCUAUGA